CCUGCCCUUGUCAGCACGUCUCGCUGCAGCCCGGCAGGGCCGUACCCCUACCCCUACCCCUACCCCCAUCCUGGCAAACACAGAGCCUCCGAGAGCUGCAAGGAGAGACAUGUGCUUGCACACACCAACACCUCCCAAUCCAACCCCUGUAUCAGGUACCGGCGAUUCAGGCCCAAGCUCCCUGGGGCACAGGGCCAGCCUGGGACAGGCUGUGGGCCAGCACGUGCCUUGCAGAGCCCAGCACGUGGAGCAACACAUCAAAUAACACUCCCAGUAAAACCCCUGCAGCCACCAGUGCCCUCCCUGGUAAACAGGAGAGACAAGGCAGGAACACAAGCAGCGUGGAGGCCCCAGCACCCACGGCCUCCUGUCGUGGAGGAGCUCCCCUGCCUGCAGGACAGUCUGCAUGCAAUAGUCUCCAGGUGUUUUAAAGGCUGGGCUGGUUUGUGAACAGUGGGAAGCGGCCAGGGUAAUAAAUCUGCCAGUGGACCAUCUUGGCCAGGGCGUAGCUCCUGCUCAGUCAACAUCCUCUGCUCCAGCCUAAGUGCUUUGCACAACCACAGGUGCCUCCAGUCCUGGGAUGAGGAAAUGUUCCUGCAACGCAGAGCACCGCGCCCACUCGCUUCCCGAAACCCAGAGCCCUGCAGCCGCCCAGCCUGCUGCACGUGGGCGCCCAGACCCGCAGCCUGCUCCCAUGCACGGGGACCCAGCAUGCUCCCUGGGCUUCAGGAGCCCCAUAGCCAGCUAUGUCAUGCAGCGCCCACCCUACCCAGAGCCUGGCGAGGUGCAUGGCGUGGGGCAGCUGCCAGUACAAACAGCCUCCCUGCCCAAGGGUAAUCCUUUAUCCAAACAGUGGAAGAUCCCUCUUGGAAGAGCACCCGGACGGACCUGCUCUGGGGUCACAAGCGAGCCUCAGCAAUGCAGGAUUUGCCCUCUUCCCGUUCCCUCCAUUGCACCGGGCCCAAUCCUCAGCUGUGCCCAAAGCAGCUACCUGGCGUGCAUCCGGGAUUUGGCCCAGCACAGGGCAGCAGCUUACCGCCCCCCUGCCCAGCAGCCGGGAUUAGCCCCCAGCACCGCGCGACUCAUGGGGCUGCCUUUGAAGUGGGAAUAGCCGGGGGCUGACCAAAGCGCGGGGAAGAAGUGCUGCACUCGCCUCUCCUUGCUGCAGCACCUGCCAGAGCUUGCACAGGCUGCUGCUAGCCUGGCACCAGCACGGGGACGGCCAGGCUGGCCGGACUGGACAUCCCAGGCGUCACCUCCCCUCUUGUGAACGGCACCGGUCUGGGGCUCCCAGACCACGCCGGGUCCGGGUCUUGGGCUAGGCACCUGGUGGCGGGGUGGGAGGAAGGAGCUCCCGGAGAGCCGGGGUGCACCGUGCAGACCGCUGGCACCUCUCAGCACUGGAGAACAGGGGAGGGGGGCAGUCACGCCCCCCACGGCAGAGCAGACAGACUGCACGGACCAAGUGCAUUUUCAAGCAUACAGACAGAUUUUCAAGCCCCGUCCAACCAUGCUCUGCCAACUCACUGGCACUAGGUCCCUCUGCUCAGGCUUGCACGGCCGGUUUCCCUCUCCCACCCACGGCCCAGCUGCCGGCAGCAGUCCCCCCUUCCCAGCCACGCAGACGUCCUGCCUGACGGGGCUGCGGCAGCCGUGGCCUGAGCCUCGAGCCACGCCGGCGCCUGCCUGGGCUCCUGCAGGCCCCAUGUCCAUCACAGCCACAGGAAACCCCAGCAGCUCCUUGUUUCAGGGCUGCGGCUGGCUCUCUGCUCCCCAGAGGCUUCCCAUCCCUUGCAGGGGCCAGUGGACUUGCACUUGCCCCAGCCAGGGAGAAGAGCCCCCGCCGGCUGCAGCUCCAAGCCACCCCCAAGGGGCAAAAGUGACGGCCGCAGCUGCUCUUUGCAGGGAGGGACCCAGGGGAGGCGGCAAGGGGAUGCAGCUCCGUGCCCAGGGCAUCCCCAGCCCCAGAAGCGUGACCGUGGUACCCGGGCAGCUCCAGGAGUGGUGCAACCUGGUGGCAAAGCCUCUGCUGAGCUGGGCCCCCUCGGUGGGGGCUAGCUCAAAGGUUUUUUGGGGGGAAGCAGAAGGGUUUCACUGCAGUAAGGCGCCAGGAAUGAGUUUGCAGGGGAGCCGCUGGCGGCUUGCUCCCGGAAAGGCCCCACGGCUGCGUGCCAGCCCGCACGCACCACGUCUUGGUCCUCCUGCCCACCUCCACCCGCCAUGGCACGGCUGGGACCGGAGCCAGCCUGCAUCACCCACAGGAGCCCGGCUGGGUGCCGGGACCCCCCUGCCCUGGCAGCCCCCACGCACCGCGCACACCCAGCCCCGCGUGGCAGGAAGUCUGCGCAGCGCCGGGGCAGGAAGGAAGCCGGGAGGGGGACUUUUCUCUUUCCCCUUUUUAAUCUCCAUCUUCUACCCGACGCCCACGCAAGCCCGGAAAUACAAGCAGCGAGCGCCCAGCGGCCUGGUCCUGCCCCAUCGCCAGGGCGUCGCCUCGCCUGCCUCCAGGGUGGGCUGGAUCGAGGACCCCUCAUCCCCUCCCAGAGCCGCAGGGCUGCACCCGAUGGCUAACCCGGGGCUUGCCUUGGCAGCGCCCUGAGAUGUGCUCCGGACCGGGGGCGAGCCGAUAGUACAAGUGCCCCCAAGCAGUGUGGAGACACCCCCGGUGCCUGCCCCGCCAUGGCCCCACUGGGCGAAGACACCCCCCUGAUGGGGCACUGCUCCAGCAGCCUGUCCUCCACCGAGGCGGGCAUGCUGCAGGUGCACCUGUACCACCAGCCCGGCACCCCCAACUCCUCCGGCACCCUCACCUUCUCCUUCGGCGAGUACCUGGCAGAGGAGUUGUGCGUGGCGGCCGCCAAGGCCUGCGGCAUCCUGCCCGUCUGCCACUGCCUCUUUGCCCUGGCCACCGAGGACCUGAGCGGCUGGUACCCCCCCAACCACGUCUUCACUGUCAGCGAUGCCACCACCCUGGUCGUCGUCUACAGGAUCAGGUUCCUCUUCCCCAACUGGUGCGGGCCGGGGAAGUCGCAGCGGUUCCAGCUGCUGCAGGACCGGGCCAGCGCCGUCCUGGACCAGCCUGUCAUCGACUACCUCUUUGCUCAGUCCCGCAGCGACUUCCUGCGGGGGCUCGUGGCAGGGGUGCUGAGCUGGCAGACGCUGGAGGCCUGCCUGUGCCUGGCCGUGCUGGACAUGCUGCGCAUCGCCAAGGAGCGCCGGCAGAGCCUGGACCACGUCUUCAGCUGCGUCAGCUACAAGUCCUGCCUGCCCGAGGGGCUGCGGGACCAGAUCCAGCAGCGCGGCUUCUUGACCCGCAAGCGCAUCCGCCGCAAGUUCGGGCAGUCGCUGCGGCGCCUGGGUGCCUGCCAGACGGACGCCCGCUACCUCAAGAUCAAGUACCUGCUGGACCUGGCGCGGCUGCAGGGCACGGGGGCCGAGGAGUGCUUCUGGGUGCGGUUCCCUGGCACCCCCGACCCCGAGACCCUCAUCCACGUGGCAGGGGAGAGCGGCGUCUUCUGGAGCCACAGCGGGGACGAGACCCGCCAGCCCUUCUGCGACUUCCCCGAAAUCGCCGACAUCAGCAUCAAGCAGGCGAGCCGGGACAGCCAGCCCGUGGAGAACCGCGUCGUCACCAUCACCAAGACCGACAACCGGAUCCUGGAGGUGGAGUUCCCCAGCCUGCGAGAGGCGCUGUCCUUCGUCUCCCUCCUGGACGGCUACUACCGGCUGACGGCGGACGCCCACCACUACUUCUGCAAGGAGGUGGCCCCCCCCCGGCUCCUGGAGGACUUGGAGAACCGGUGCCACGGGCCCAUCAGCUCGGAGUUUGCGGUGCACAAGCUGAAGACGGCGGGGAGCAGCCCGGGGCUCUACCUCCUGCGCCGCAGCCCCCAGGACUUCGACAGCUACCUGCUCACAGUCUGCGUGGAGACGGCGUUGGGGAUGGACUACAAGCGUUGCCUGAUCCGGAAGGACCCAGACGGCAGCUACGGGCUCUCCGGGGUGGUGCGGCGCUUCGGCAGCCUGCGGGAGCUGCUGGGCACCUACCAGCACUGCAGCCUGCAGGCCGACGGUGUGGCCAUGCGCCUGGCCGAGUGCUGCCCUCCGCGGCCCAAAGAAAAGUCCAACCUGCUGAUUGUGCGAGGGGGCUGCUCCCCGCUGCCCGGCUCCCCCUCCGCCCCGCGCCGCAUCCCCAACCAGAUGACCUUCCACAAGAUCCGGCUGGAGAACCUGACCUGGGGUGAGAGCCUGGGCCAGGGCUCCUUCACGCAGAUCUACCGGGGCAUCCAGCGGGACCAGGAGGGCGGCGAGCAGCACCAGACCGAGGUCUUGCUCAAAGUGCUGGACAGUGGCCAGCGCAACUGCUCCGCGUCCUUCCUCGAAGCCGCCAGCGUCAUGAGCCAGGUCUCGCACAAGCACCUCGUCCUGCUGCACGGGGUCAGCAUCGGGAAGGACAGCGUCAUGGUGCAGGAGUACGUGCGGCAUGGCGCCCUCGACACCUACCUGCGCCGCAGCCAGGCCGAGGGCAAGGUGACCACCAGCUGGAAACUGCAAGUGGCCAAGCAGCUGGCCUACGCCCUCAACUUCCUGGAGGACAAGAAGAUCAUCCACGGCAACGUCUCGGCUAAGAAAGUGCUGCUGGCGCGGGAGGGGGACACGGCUGGAGGGAGCCCCCCCUUCAUCAAGCUCAGCGACCCAGGGGUCAGCAUCACCGUGCUGGCCCCAGAGCUGCUCGUGGACCGCAUCCCCUGGGUGGCCCCCGAGUGCGUCCGCGACCCCAAGGCCCUGGCGCUCGAGGCGGACAGGUGGAGCUUCGGCGCAACGCUCUGGGAGAUCUUCAGCAGCGGCGCCGUGCCCCUGAGCGCGCUGGAGCCCUCCAAGAAGCUGGAUUUCUACCUGAGCGCCCUGCAGCUGCCCCCUCCCAAGUGGACGGAGCUGGCCAACCUGGUGGCCCAGUGCAUGGACUACCAGCCCCGCGGGCGCCCCUCCUUCCGCGCCAUCCUCCGGGACCUCAACAGCCUCAUCACCUCGGACUACGAGCUGCUGUCGGACCUGUCGCCCAGUGACCUCCCAGCCAGGGACGGCUUCUGGGACUACGCCAACGCGCCCCUGUGCCAGGACCCCGCGCUCUUCGAGGAGCGCCACCUCAAGUACAUCUCCGUGCUGGGCAAGGGCAACUUUGGCAGCGUGGAGCUGUGCCGCUACGACCCACUGGGCGACAGCACCGGGGAGCUGGUGGCCGUGAAGCGGCUGCAGCAGAGCUCGGCCGAGCAGCUGCGGGACUUCGAGAGGGAGAUCGCCAUCCUGCGUGCCAUGCACAACGACUUCAUCGUCAAGUACCGCGGCGUCUGCUACAGCCGGGGGUGCCGGAGCCUGCGGCUGGUGAUGGAGUACCUGCCCAACGGGUGCCUCCGGGACUUCCUGCAGAAGAACCAGGCGCGCCUGGACCACCGCAAGCUGCUGCUCUACGCGCUGCAGAUCUGCAAGGGCAUGGAGUACCUGGGCGCCCAGCGCUGCGUGCACCGGGACCUGGCCAGCCGCAACAUCCUGGUGGAGAACGAGAGCCACGUGAAGAUCGGGGACUUCGGCCUGGCCAAGCUGCUGCCCCAGGGCAAGGAGUACUACGUCGUGCGUGAGCCGGGGCAGAGCCCCAUCUUCUGGUACGCACCCGAGUCACUGGCCGACAACGUGUUCUCCCGCGAGUCCGACGUCUGGAGCUUCGGCGUCGUCCUCUACGAGCUCUUCACCUUCAGCAGCAAGAGCCGGAGCCCCUCGGAGGAAUUCCUCCGCAUGAUGGGGCCGGACAAGCCCCCGCAGAUCAUCUGCCCCCUGCUCGAGCUCCUGAAGGACGACAAGCGGCUCCCGGUGCCCGCCGGCUGCCCCACCGAGGUGCACGCCCUCAUGCUGAGCUGCUGGACCUUCACCCCCAGCAAGCGGCCCACGUUUGGGGAGCUGGCAGCCAGGAUCGAGGCGCUGCAGGACAGCCGCAGCAAAGUCCGGGGGUAGCACCCGAGGCUGGCGCCCACCCCGCAGACAGCGCUGGAGUGGGCACCGCCUGGGACCCCCCACCACCAGAAGUAGCAGGCUCUGCCCAAGGUCCCCGCGGCCACCGCAAGCUUAGUGCUAGGACGACGAUGCUGCUCAGUGCCAAGGAUGUGCGGGCAGCUUGCAGCGUGCCCUCAAGGACCUCUCUGCUCCCCUCUGGGCUUCGCGGGCCCUGCCAGGCUGCCCCCCAUGCCAGCACAAUUGGACUCCUGGCUGCAGAGCAGUGAUUGCCCUGGGGCAGGGCUGGGCACAGGGGCAGUGAUGCCAGCCUCCCGCAUCCCAUGGGGACCAGCUACCUGACAAGAGCCCCUGCUGCCCCCACGGCUCAGCCUGGCUCCUCGGCCUCGACUCACCUGGCCCAGACCAGGCUGCGCCCAGCGGCACUGCUGCCCCAGAGCAUUGGGUGCGAGGGGCUGGCAGCGCGAAGGAUGCCUUGUGGUUUCCCGGGUCCUGUGAUGCCCGGUCCCCAGGUCUGGUCCACACUGAGAAGAGUCCCCGGGGCCGCGGGGCCUGGACAGCCCUGGCAUGUUUGGGCAGCACUGUGCCCCCACUGCUCCCCUGGCCCCCCUCCAUCGCCAUUUGCCAGCCAGGACCUGCUGGUUGAGGUCUCUCUAGUGGCUUUUUAACCCCCUAUUUUUCCUUGGGGCGGGGGGGUGUGUGUGUGGAAACCAGCCCCCCUUGCCUAUACUGGGGCUUCCCAGAGCCUGCAGAGGGGCUGAGCGGGGUGGCAAAGGCCCCAGCCAGGCGAGCUGCCGGCAGGACACGCUCUGCGCUUGCUUGUGCCCAGUACAGACCGCAAAAGGCAUCACCUUGACAUUAAAACCCUGGAAAGAUCAGAGUC